AUGGGUUGGUUCUGGACCUCGCCGUCCCCCUCACCAAAGGCUUCCGAAGCCUCUCACCACUCUGCAACUCAGCAACCACAACCUCCAGCCAGCGAAAGGAAGCCAUCAACAGAUGAGGAGGUUUCCAAAUUUCUCCGCGAAAUCCAAGCGGCAGCCAACCCUUCUUCCUCUCACGCCGCUUCCCCUCCGUCUUCAACAGAUUCAGACGCCGCCAAAUCAUCGUGGGUACCCAGUUGGCUUUCAGCGCCAGCGCCUGAGACCCCUCCCCCACCGCCCAAAGACAAGCGCUCUGAAGCCUCUAUCGCCAUGUCCGAGGCUCUUCUUCCAACAACCAUGUCGUGUCAGGAUGCUUUUGACUAUGCCUGGCAUUGCCACACCCCCGGCUCCCAGGUCAACUCUGUUUACCGGUACGGUGGUGUAAGACAGUGCACCGAGCUCUGGGACGACUUUUGGUUUUGCAUGCGCACCAAGUCUUGGGAUCCAAAGCUUCGCGCUGAAGCCAUCAAAGAUCAUUUCCGGAAGAAGGAGGCAGCCAAGUAUGGUCGAGGCCAACCAAGCUCCGAGGAUAUUUGGGAAAGCAGAGAUAAGAUGGUAGAGCCGGGAACAACGUUCAACAAAUCCUUCGACCCCCCCAUCAAAGACGAUGCUGCCUUUGAAAGAGAGGAUCAGGAGACUCGGAGGAAGAUUCGCGAGUUUUACGAGAAGAAAACUUGA